CUGUUUGCAUGCAAAUACAAUGGAGUUAAUCAUAUGAGUUAAAUUCCUUGACUAAUAACUCCCCAACCUCCUAGUCAAAUUCACGUUAAACCUCCCUCUCCAUACAAUCCUCAUUUCUUCCCUUCAUCACUUCCUCACACACUUCUCUCUCUCUUUAUAAAUACAUCUCUUACAAAAAACUUCACUCUUCCAUACAAAACUCAACUCCUUUUUUUUUUCUUUUUUUUUUUAACAAUUCUUUAAACAAAAAACAAACCAUGAAAACAUCAUCCUCAUCAACAAAUAAUAACCAUGUAAUAAUGGAGAUAGAAGCCAUAAAAAACCAAAACCAAGACGAUAACAACAACAACAGUGAUGAACACGGCACCGUAGCGCUUCCUGGGUUAAGUCCCUUAAGUGAGACCUUAUGGAGAGAUGUAAAUAAAACAGAAUUGAUCGGCGAUGUCUCAGCAAGACUAACAUGGAAUGAUCUAACGGUGAUGGUUACACUAAGUAACGGUGAUACUCAAAAAGUAUUAGAAAGUUUAACUGGUUAUGCUGAACCUGGUUCAUUUACUGCUCUUAUGGGACCUUCUGGUUCUGGUAAAUCUACUCUUCUUGACGCUCUCUCUAGUCGCCUUGCUGCUAAUGCUUUCCUCUCUGGUACCAUUUUACUCAAUGGUCGCAAAACCAAGCUCUCUUUUGGCGCUGCGGCUUAUGUGACACAAGAUGAUAACUUGAUCGGGACAUUAACUGUUAGAGAAACUAUAUCAUACUCAGCUCGGCUUCGUUUGCCAGACAAAAUGGCGUGGUCGGAAAAACAAGCACUGAUAGAAAGCACCAUCAUUGAAAUGGGGCUACAAGAUUGUGCGGACACUGUGAUCGGAAACUGGCAUUUGAGAGGCAUUAGUGGUGGUGAGAAACGGAGGGUUAGCAUUGCUAUUGAGAUACUGAUGCGACCUCGCUUGCUCUUCCUCGAUGAACCUACUAGUGGUCUAGACAGUGCGUCUGCAUUCUUCGUAAUAGAGACAUUGCGAGGACUAUCAAGAGACGGAAGAACUGUCAUUGCCUCGAUUCAUCAGCCGAGCAGUGAGGUUUUCGAGCUGUUUGAUCGUUUGUACUUGCUUUCAGGGGGGAAGACUGUUUAUUUUGGCCAAGCAUCAGAAGCAUAUGACUUCUUUGCUCAAGCUGGUUUUCCAUGCCCUGCUUUGAGGAAUCCAUCUGAUCACUUCCUUAGGUGUAUUAACUCUGAUUUUGACAAAGUCAAAGCUACAUUAAAAGGAUCCAUGAAAUUACGGUUUGAGGCUAGUGAUGACCCAUUAGAGAAGAUCACAACAGCUGAAGCUACUCGAACUCUGAUUAGCCAUUAUAGUACGUCCCAACAGUCUUAUUCAGCUCGACAUAGAGUAGAUGAGAUCUCUAAAGUGAAAGGAACUGUUUUAGACUCGGGAGGAAGUCAGGCUAGCUUCUUGAUGCAGACUUUCACCUUAACCAAACGUUCAUUCGUUAACAUGUCGAGAGAUUUUGGUUAUUACUGGUUGAGGCUGGUAAUUUACGUAGUGGUUACCAUGUGUAUCGGAUCCAUCUUUCUAAAUGUUGGAACCAGUUUCAAUGCCAUCUUGGCAAGAGGCUCUUGUGCAUCAUUUGUUUUCGGCUUUGUCACCUUCAUGUCUAUUGGUGGAUUUCCGUCUUUUGUGGAAGAUAUGAAGGUAUUCCAAAGGGAAAGGUUGAAUGGACACUAUGGUGUGGCAGCAUUUGUGAUCAGCAACACAAUAUCUGCGAUGCCAUUUCUAAUGUUGAUAACCUUUAUUUCGGGGACGGUGUGUUACUUCAUGGUUCAUCUUCAUCCUGGCUUUGAGCACUACAUCUUCUUCGUGCUGUGUCUUUAUGCAAGCGUCACAGUUGUUGAGAGCUUAAUGAUGGCCAUUGCAAGUAUUGUUCCCAAUUUCCUCAUGGGUAUUAUCACUGGUGCUGGAAUUCAGGGAAUUUUCAUGCUAGUUUCGGGCUUCUUCCGGCUCCCCAAGGACAUACCAAAGCCAGUAUGGCGUUAUCCCAUGUCUUACAUCAGUUUCCAUUUCUGGGCUCUUCAGGGACAAUACCAAAAUGAUCUGAAGGGACUAGUGUUCGACAACAGAACACCGGAUCUCCCGAAGAUCCCAGGGGAGUACGUACUGGAGAAUGUAUUUCAGAUUGAUGUAAAUCGUUCGAAAUGGGUGGACCUAAGUGUAAUCUUUAGCAUGAUUAUCAUUUAUCGAAUCAUCUUCUUCGUGAUGAUCAAGAUCAAUGAGGAUGUUACGCCUUGGGUUGGAGGAUAUAUUGCUAGGAGAAGAAUCCAACACAAGAAUCGAAACCAGAAUUAUACUACUACUGUUGCACCUGAUCGUCUCUCUCAAUCCCCUUCCCUUAGAGCUUAUGUAGCUCGUCGUUCUGCAUAUGCCGCUAAUAAGUAAUUAAUAGCAACACCCAACAGGAGUAGCUCACCUGGAAAUGUGUUCAUACUACUCAAGAGUGUAACGAUUUAUAUCUAUAUAUAUAUAUGCUUCGAGUUGUGAA